UAUCUGAAAGCUCCAAUAUCAUCAGGGUGUCCUGAAUAUAUAUAAAUUCCUGCUUUGUUUGAUCAAUGAAACUCACACAUGUCCUUUCCAAAUCAGGGUGGAUCUGGUAAAUAUCAUCUCAAUUCCAGGUGGUUACAAGUGUUCAGGAGUGACCGGGUUCAUCGUGAUCUUGUGACCUGUGGGUGUGCAGCUGGAGUUGCUGCAACUUUUAGAGCUCCGGUUGGUGGUGUUUUAUUUGCACUAGAAGAAGUAACAUCUUGGUGGAAGAGUCAACUUUUGUGGCGUGUGUUCUUUACUUCUGCUGUGGUGGCUGUGGUGGUGCGUCCAGCUAUGGGAUGGUGUAAGAGUGGAAAGUGUGGACAUUUUGGUUCAGGUGGUUUCAUAAUAUGGGACAUAUCAGAUGGCCAAGAGGACUACUAUUUUGGUGAGCUGUUGCCCAUGGCUGUGAUUGGGGUCAUUGGAGGCUUAUUGGGAGCACUAUUCAACCAGCUUACUCUUUACAUGACUUACUGGCGUCGAAACCAUUUGCACAAGAACGGGAACGGAGUCAAGAUCAUUGAGGUUGGUCUCAUAUCAGUAUUAACGUCUAUUAUCUCGUUCGGACUACCACUUCUAAGGCAAUGCACUCCAUGCCCCAAACCUGAUCCUGAACUGGGUAAUGAAUGCCCAAGGCCUCCUGGGAUGUAUGGGAAUUAUGUUAACUUUUAUUGCAGUAAGGACAAUGAAUACAAUGAUCUUGCGACCAUCUUCUUCAACACUCAGGUUAUGUUUUAUACCUUAGCAGUCGUGACGUUUGGUACUGCGGUUCCUGCCGGUCAGUUUGUUCCUGGUAUAAUGAUUGGUUCUACAUAUGGACGUUUGGUUGGCAAGUUUGUGGUUAGUUUCUACAGGAAACCCAACAUUGAAGAGGGAACAUAUGCUUUGUUGGGUGCUGAAUCUUUUCUAGGUGGUUCUAUGCGAAUGACAGUGUCUCUGUGUGUCAUCGUGGUUGAAAUUUCAAAUAAUUUGAAAUUUUUACCUCUCAUCAUGCUUGUCCUUCUCAUUUCAAGGCUGUUGGCGAUGUCUUCAAUGAAGGCCUAUAUGAAGAGCAGGCUCAAUUGAAGGGUAUUCCAUUACUGGAAUCAAGACCAAAGUACCAGAUGCGGAAAAUUACAGCAAAAGGGGCCUGUGGAAAAAGGGUGACCUUCACUUAUUCUUGAAACUCUUAUCACUGUAUAAUUUAGUACCACGUAUUAUCCAAGCAAUGAUGUUUCAUUAACUAUUCUUCCUCACCGACACGUUGUGUUCUCUAUUCGAAGGUUGUCUCCUUCCCCCGUGUUGUUAAGGUUGCUGAUAUUGUUAGUAUUUUACGGAGCAACCGACAUAAUGGCUUUCCUGUGAGCAUAGCUAAAUUCUUUUUUUUCUCCUCGUAUAUUCGCCUUUUCUUAAGGUUGUGCUUCUUUGCCCCUGAGGUGAUUGAGUACUCUAGAAAUGGAGAAACACGUGUCAUUGGACUGAUGCUUAGAAGUCUAAAGUAGAUUUUUAGCAUAGUUCUUUGCCUUCAGAUCCAAGAGGAUCCAUACAAAGCAGGUGUAUAAUCUUUUCCGACAACUAGGUUUGAGACACGUGUUUGUUGUCCCCCGUCCAUCGAAUGUGGUUGGUUUGAUAACUCGAAAGGAUUAGUUGAUAGAGG